AUGGCGGCGUCCAGGGUAUUUCGGUCUGCUGUCUGUUUUCCUGCGACCACUUGGAAAAUAAGACUCAAUGUUAUACGCAGUAUGAGUAAAAUGUAUCCCACAGAUGAUGAAAAAUAUGACAGAACUACAAUAUCAUUACUUUCAAAAGAGUCUGAAGGUUUACCCAAUAUAUCGUCAUAUAGUACACAUGGUUUUACAAUCAAUGGUGAUAAAAUUAUUGGACCUGUCGCUAUUUUACCCAAAACGCUUGUACAUUGGGCUGUGGCCGGAGUUCAGGAUAUAACUGAAGAAAGUCUUUCUCUUUUUCAUGUAAUAGAACCGAAAAUAGAAGUUUUAGUUUUAGGAAUUGGAUCUAAAAUUCUCAGAUUAGAUCCUAAAUUACAUAAAUUUAUGAGGUCAAAGGGCAUAGCAUUAGAAAUACAAGAUACGGCCCAUGCAUGUGCUACAUUCAACUACCUUGUCAGUGAAUCUAGAAUAUUGCAGCUGGUCUCAUACCACCAGAAAAAGUAUACUUCUCCUGAAGACAUGUGUAUUUUGUGGACUACACCAAAUCAAUGCAACAUUUUGUGUCUAAUAUACUAGAUAUACAGUGCACACAUAUAUUAGGAUUUAAACUAGUGCUUGAACCUUUAUUUUAAAAGCACCGUUGUCAUGGCAAAAAAUUGGCAAAAAAAAUGAUUCAAUUUUUUAUGCCUCAAGCCAGCUUGUCAACAAUGGCCGCCUUGGCCUCUUUGGAGUUGAAUCCUUGGAACGCUUUUGAGAAAUGCAUUAUGAUUAAUUUAGUGGCUUGAAGUGAUGUGGUGUGAUGAAUGAGAACUCUUGAUACAUCAAAAGUGAUUAGCGAUGGAUUCCUUUUAUCUAUCAUUGUAAUAAUUGAUGCAUGUAUGCUUGCCUAGAAUCAAUACCUACACUUUUAAUGAAAUGUAUUUAUUUUGUAUUGAAGUGCUAGAAAACGAUAAAUUGUGACAUUUUAAAAAAA